ACUUGGCAGAUCUGUUCGUCGGAACCUGCCGAACAAGGUCCCACAAGCCAGGACCCCGGAACAGGGUAGUCUACGCCACUGGUCUUGCUCACUGUUCAGAACAGCGAGAAUCAUCUAGUGUCAACGCACUAGGUAUUCAGUCUCGACGGACUGGUCAGCGUAAUCGUCAAACAUGGCAUUCGGGGCAGGUACCAAUGUCUUUGGCACUAGUAACACUGGCACGUCCAUCUUCGGGCAAUCCAACGCGCCAAAGCCCACAACUUCGCUCUUUGGGAAUACGCAGCCCUCCUCCGGAACCGGGACCACAACGACGGGCUUUGGUGGCUUCGGGAUGCAGCCUCAAACCCAGACGCAGCAGCCUGCUCAAGGAAGUUCUGUGUUUGGAGGAGGCGCUUUCGGACAGACACAGCAGCAGCAGCCAUCCGGAUCGACUUCGAUAUUUGGACAACCCGCGCAACAACCACAGCAGCAGCAGCAGCAGCAACAGCAACAGCAACCUACGUCGCUCUUUGGGCAGCCUGCUCAACAACAGCCUCAACAGCCAUCGGGAACAUCUUUGUUUGGAAACCCUUCCACGACGAAUACGACUGGGCAGCAGACUGGUGGCGCAUUUGGAAGCACUCAGCCGCAACAGUCGACUAGUCUCUUUGGAAGCACGCAGCCACAACAAUCGACCAGUCUAUUUGGAACUAUGCAGCCGCAACAGUCGACUAGUCCAUUUGGAACCAUGCAACCACAGCAGCAGACAAGUAUGUUCGGAAACACUCAACCACAGCAGCCGGGUGGACUGUAUGGGAGCACGACUACUCAGCAGGCACCUCCUGCUGGCGGUCUGGGGGUGAGUACGGCGGGGGCAUCGAUCUUCGGACAACAAAGACAAUCAUCGAUGAUGAGUACCACGCCCAUAAGCGGACCUGCACCCUUUUCAAAAUCGACGAAGUUCAAUGAUCUUCCGGAUGAUAUCAAAAAAACUUUUGAAGCUAUCGACUCGCACAUUCAGGGACGUAUACAAAUAAGCAACGAGCUCAAGCAGCGAAAAAUGGGAGAAGAGGCGAUCAAAGGCCAGGAGUUAAUUCGCGAACUGCACAAAGAGCUGCUUGGUGCAUCCUCUGUUAUUCAAUCGGACUCUCUUUUCGCCAAGGACCUGAAAGCGAAGACUGAACAAGCAGUUCAAGACACGAUUGUGGCCAGAAACAUUAUUGAGGGCUUUAAGAAUCCCCAUCAGAGCGCAGCAUAUCUCAAGAACCACGCUUCGUUCCCUCUGGAAUUCUUCACCCGAGUCACGCAAGAAAUGCAGGAGCGUCUACAGUGGUUCAAAAACACUAUCGAACAAAUUGAGCGGAAACUAUCCACAUCAGCAUCCCAAUCCCAAAAUACACCCCAAGCAAUUUCCUCCACCCUCCAGACACAACACGCCAUAUUCGUUUCACUUGCGGCUAGGACUGCUGCUGUUGAUGCUGAGGUUCAGAAGGUGAAGAUAUUGUACACACAAUUGUGGCGCGCAAAGACGGGGAGCAUGCGUGAUCCUUUUAAUGAACUUGAUCGCGGAAGUGGAGGAGAGUUUGGGAUGGAGUCGUUACAGGUCAAGUGAGGUAGCUCUACAAAUUCCUUUGUCGGCGUGAUACCAGCUCAGAACAAUCUAUUGAUUUUGAAUGAGCCUUGCA